ACAUGCCAUAAAACUUAACACACCUAAACCCACGUGAACUUGUAAACAAACUGAACAGAUGAAAAACACUUUCAAUCGGACAAAACUUUGCAAAUCGUGACAAAAUGAGCCGCAGAUAUUCAUCAAGGAAAGUGGAAGAUGACGAAUUCGAAAGUGAAAUAUUUAAAGAUAUUGAAAAGAAAACUGAAGACAAAAGUGGGACAUCUGGAUCAGAAAAUGAGUCUGUGGAAUCUGAAUCUUCUGAAAACGAAAACUUAUUAGUGGAAAGUGAUGAGGAAUAUGAUGGAGAUAUUGUUGGUGCAACAAUUGAAAGGACUGGCAUGGAUCACAUGGAAGACAGUGAUGGGGACGAUGCACCAGAAACAGUUUCAUUUCAGUCAGGAAAGGAUAAUGCUUUACAGAAAAUGAAACAGGUCAUGAAACAGAUCGAUACAGAAAAGAUAGCCCUUAAAACCAAGCGUAGACAGCUGGAUCAGCAGUACAAGGAACAAAAGAAAAGAAAGUUGGAGAAACUGUCAAAGAGUAAGCUACCAGAGGAUUUCUUUAAUGAUUUGCCAGAAAAGUUGAGCGAUGUUAAGUCCAAAUCAUCUUCAAAGAAUAAAAGAGUGAGCAGUAUUGCUGACGAAGAGGAAGGGAGUCUGGCAGAUACUGAAGAAGAUUUUGAUGUUUCUAAAAAUGAUUUUAUUCCUUUGGAUAACAACAGAUUAAGUGGUAUUGAAGUGUCUACAGUACAGAUCCACCACCAGAAAGCAAUGUCUUCCAAGUGUAGAGCUGAAGAUUUCAGGACAGCUCGACUCAGCAAUGUUCCACGCCAUUCAAGUAAAGCCUACUUUGCAACAUUGGAAAAGAAGAAAGCAUUAAAGAAAGGAUUACGAAAAGAUUUCAUGAUUAAAUGAUUUUAGAGAAAAGUGAUUUAUUAUGAUUAUACACUGUAUAUGUACAUUAUUUAAUGUAUAAGUGAAUACAGUGAACAUUUUGUAUCGUCAUAACUGAUUAUUUCAAGGGAGAUAAUUAAGUUUUGCCAUGUCAGAAUAUAGACUGUCACUCUUUAAAAUAAAGAAGUUUUUUAUCACAAUAGUUUAGAUAUCGGUAAUGAAUUAAUUAAAUUACAUGUAUUUGUACAUGUAUUUGUUUUAUUCAGCCUUUCUUGCAAAAUGACUUUGAAAGAUGGUAUAAAUAUGAUGUCAUCUAUUUAGGAUGUCACAAUUUUACAAAUGUUUUCAUAUCUUUAUGACAUUGGCAUUUUACAUGACAGAUUUGCUGUUUUGUGAUAAAUGGUUAUGCAUGAAAAUGACUUACAGACUAGUUAUGAUGCAUCCAGCCAUUAAAUUUCAUAAAAAAAAAUUUGAGUUGUUACAAAGUAUAGUAAAUAAAACUAGAAUGGAUACAUCCAAUAAAACCUGUCCUAAAUGACACCUGUAUAAUACAAACACCUGUCUAAAGGCAGCAUGUUUAGGGUUCCAAUGCUAAUACAUACAAUUCAUUGUAUAUUUACCUCUAUGUAAAGACCAUCUGCUUUUAAAAGCCACUUUUCUCACAAAAGUGGCUGUUGUUCACAAGUUUCACUGCAUUUUAAAUUCUUAAAGAUUUAAGAAUGAAAAAAGAUGUAUGUAAUUAGUGCUGAACCAUGUGGUGACUUGUGUCCCACACCUAGUACUGAACCAUGUGGUGACUUGUGUAUCACACCUAGUACUGAACCAUGUGGUGACUUGUGUCUCACACCUAGUGCUGGACUAUGUGGUGACUUGUGUAUCACACCUAGUGCUGGACUAUGUGGUGACUUGUGUAUCACACCUAGUACUGAACCAUGUGGUGACUUGUGUAUCACACCUAGUACUGAACCAUGUGGUGACUUGUCUCACACCUAGUACUGAACCAUGUGGUGACUUGUGUAUCACACCUAGUACUGGACCAUGUGGUGACUUGUGUAUCACACCUAGUACUGAACCAUGUGGUGACUUGUGUAUCACACCUAGUGCUGAACCAUGUGGAGACUUGUAUCUCACAUCUAGUACUGGACUAUGUGGUGACUUGUCUCACACCUAGUACUGGACUAUGUGGUGACUUGUGUAUCACACCUAGUGCUGAACCAUGUGGAGACUUGUAUCUCACAUCUAGUACUGGACUAUGUGGUGACUUGUGUAUCACACCUAGUACUGAACCAUGUGGUGACUUGUGUCUCACACCUAGUGCUGAACCAUGUGGUGACUUGUGUAUCACACCUAGUACUGGACCAUGUGGUGACUUGUCUCACACCUAGUACUGGACUAUGUGGUGACUUGUGUAUCACACCUAGUACUGGACCAUGUGGUGACUUGUCUCACAUCUAGUACUGGA